AUGGGAUCCUCGCUAGGCAAUUUUUUGUCCUUCUUAACCGUGAUUGGGAAGUUAGGAUCGAUCAUGUGUUUAGAGAGGGCAAUUUUGCUGCUGAUUUCUUAG